AUGACGACACAAUGCAUCGGUGGCGACGAAUCGGACGCAUCUCGUGGACUGCCGGUUAACCUAGAAGUGCCUCCAGGACUGCCAACGAUGCUUCACCAUCCCGUCCUGCCGAUAAUGGACGGUGUUCGGGAACAAUUAAAGCUUCAGAGCGCGCAACAGUUCCUUCAACAAAUGGCCCGACUUCAGCGACCGCCACCGGAUUUGGACGUGCAGACCGGAUCCGUUGUGGCGCUCAAAAUCAUCCCGAAAGGCACCCAGUAUGGCCCGUUCGUGGGGAAGCUGCUGCGGGAACCGAUGGAUCGGCGGUACGCCUGGGAGGUGGUUGACCUUGAUGUCCGAGGCUGGCUAGACGCAACACCGGAGCCGACAAACUGGAUGAAACACAUUCGCAGCACUGCUUCCAGCACGGAAGAGGUGAAUGUGCAACAUUUUCUCAAAGAUGGUCAUCUGUGGUACGAAGUGAUAUGUGAUAUCAGUCCCGGAAGGGAACUGCUGCUCGGUCCGAAGGUUCCUCUGCAUCCCCGGGACGGCCAAGACGAGCGGAGCAGCGAACGUGGAUCGGGCGGUUCCCAGCACAGCGAAAACUACGAGGACGAGUACAAUACCUCGGCCGAGCUCGACACCAGCCUUGGCAGCAAGGAGCAGUCGAACCAUCACCACCACCACAACCACCUCCAGCACCAUCUGCACAACAGUAGCAGCAACAGCAGCAGCAGCAGCUCCGGAGGCAGCAGCACCGGUGGAGCGGCGGAACAUCGCCAUCACCACCGAACGCGCGGAGCCAGCAAGGCGAACGGGACGACCGACGGUGGCAACAGCGAUCUACAGCAGCACCAGCAGCAACAGAACUCUUCGGACGUCAAGGAGGAGGACGAAGACGAGCAGGGAAUCGAUGCGCGUUGCGUCGUCUGUGAUCGGCAGUGUCACGAUAUUGAUCAGCUUGACGAUCAUCUCGUGAUCUCACACCACUACCCGAAGGACGCCUACAGGUGCGAGCUUUGUCCUCGGGCGUACAGCUACAGGCCAUCGUUGCUGCGGCAUCGAGCGAUCGUACACGGCGAGCUUCGGCGCUUUCCCUGUGAAAAUUGCCCCAAGACCGAAGAAACCGAUGUGAGCACAGCCAACCCCAACACUUCCCCGUCCAGCGAACUAUUCAGUUACCUUCUGCAAGCUCAUGAUAAUAGGGUUUUCACCGACCCGUCGAACCUUCAGCGUCACAUCCGGACGAACCACGUGGGAGCACGCAGCCACGCGUGUCCGGAGUGCGGCAAAACGUUCGCCACCUCGUCCGGGCUGAAGCAGCACACGCACAUCCACUCGUCGGUGAAGCCGUUCCAGUGCGAGGUGUGCUUCAAAUCGUACACCCAGUUCUCGAACCUGUGCCGCCAUCGGCGCAUGCACGCCGACUGUCAGGUGCAGAUCAAGUGCAACAAGUGCGGCGACAGCUUCAGCACCACCACGUCGCUGUCGAAGCACAAGCGCUUCUGCGACUCGACGGCCAUCGCACGGCCUCCGCUCGGUGCCGGCCAUCCGGCGCACCAUCAUCCGCAUCACCACCACCAUCAUCAUCACCACCAUUCGUCGCAGCUGCGUCACGAGCUAUACUCGCACCGGCAGCCGCCAGGGAGUGGUCAGGCAGGAGGCGUUAGUGCAGGAGCAGGCUCAGGAGGAGGAGGAGGAGCAGUAGCAGGGGCAGGAACAGGAGGAACAGGAGUGACUGGAGCGGGAGGAGUACCAGGUAUUCACCCUUUGGUACCCGGCAUGGCGACACCACCGAACCCGUUCGUGAUGUUUCCGGGAGCGCACGCCUUCUUCACGUCCGGCUUCCGGCCGUACCCGGGCAUGCCGGGCAUGUUUCCGCCCACGCCCGGUCAUGCGCCCCAAUUCCCGCUACCCUUCUUCCCGAAACCGCCGUUGGAACCGGAGCGCAAAACACCAUCGCCUCCGUCGCGCGACCACCUCGGGCUGUUCGAGGGAGCCUAUGGCCAGCAGUCGCUGAAGAUAUCACCGCCGACGGCCGAAGAGGCCACCAACCCACUGCGACCUUCCCCCGCCCGUCCCAUACCGGUAAACUUCAACUCCACGGCGGCGGCGGCGGCGGCAGCAGCAGCGGCAGCCGCUUCCGUUGCAGGACUUCUCGGUGGCAGUGGUGAGCAACACCAGCACCAUGGCAGCGCCACGGGUCACAACAAUAACCACAUCAAGGAGAACAACAAUCACAACGGCAGCAGUUCCUAUGGUCGGGCGUCGAGCCGCAGCGGUUCCGUCCGGGAUGGUUCCGAUGCGGACGAGGAAGAGGUGGACGUAUCCGGGCCGCUUCGGGUGAAGAACUUUUCGCUGCGUUCGAACGAGAGCAACCGGGAGGAGGCUGGCUCGAAAACGAAACCGGCGAGCUCUCCGUCACUCACCGACACGGAGAAGAACUCACUCCGCCGCAGAAGUCGUACGGUCGAGGACGACGAAUCCGCUGACUCGGAGGAGUUCGAUGGAAACAAAGCGAAGAAGGUUAAAAAGGAGGAAGACGGUCCAACGGCGGAGCAACCUCUAGAUUUGAGCGUUUCCAAGAAGCCUAAAAAUGACUCAGACGACGGAGAGGAGGAAAAGGAAGAGACCGACGGAAAUCGCAGCUGCAACCGUAGUCCAACACCGAUCGAGGUGGCCAGUCCGACCUCCACACCAACCCCGUCCGUUCCAACUCCCAACUCCUCGGAAACACACCACGAUGCGUCCCUUCGCGGACGUGGCGGAAGGAACCGCGGGGGAGCACUGGGAGGCGUUUCGAUGUCACCUGCAAAGGUAACCUCACCUUCGGCGGACGUAUUCACACUUCCAAGCCCUUCGCCGUCGCUGUCACCCCGCCCUACGCCGUCCCCGUCGUCGCCGGGAGUGGCAAACACGGGACUGGGAGGUGGUGGACCACAACAUCAGCCCAUCUCCUAUCCACGGCCAAUCUAUCCGCUGCUGCUGGAAGCGAUGUAUCCUCGGCCCGGAGCGAUGGGUGCGUUCCAGCGUCCCGGAUUCAACUUCCUUGACUCGUUGGAGUCGAACCUGGACCUGCUGAAACGUAACCGCCACUACGCGAACAUGACCGGGAAGGCAUUCAACCUGCCGGCGGGCUUUCCCGGCCCUGGAGGAUCCCCGGGGGCGCACGGUGGCCCCCCGGGCGUGCCCGGUGCUGGCCUUGCCGGCAAGGUGAAGGACCGCUACAUGUGCAAGUACUGCGGCAAGGUGUUCCCCCGGUCGGCGAACCUGACGCGCCACUUGCGGACACACACCGGCGAGCAGCCGUACAAGUGUCGGUACUGCGAGCGAUCCUUCAGCAUCUCGAGCAACUUGCAGCGCCACGUGCGCAACAUCCACAACAAGGAGCGGCCGUUCAAGUGUCACCUGUGCGAGCGAUGCUUCGGCCAGCAGACGAAUCUCGACCGUCACCUGAAGAAGCACGAUGCGGAUGCGUCCGGAUUGGGGCUUGGAUUGGGCGAUUCACCCUCGUCGAAUGAAGCCGAACGAGGUGACGAUGUGUUCUUCGACGAAAUUCGAUCGUUCAUGGGCAAGGUGACGUACUCCGGGCCGGCGGCUUUGCUCGCUGCCACGGCUGGCAAUGGUUUGGCCGAGCCAAGCGAGUUGGACACAGCCGUUGGGGAGAAGGCGGACGAGGAGGAGGCGGACGCUGGUGAAGCGAGUGAACUGGUGGAGGACGAGGAAGAAGAGGAGGACGCGGUCAGCAGCGAUGGGGAAAGUGACCUGAUCAACAUCGAAUCCGAUAAGGAUACGGUCAACAAUAAUGACACGAUUGAAGGCGCUGGCGUACGAUAA